AUGGCAACUCAAGCUCCCGCGCCAGUGGGCUACAUCCCACCAGCGAAACCCUCUGUUUUAAAGUCAGAUGUGCCAUCAAAACCACCGCAAUCACAAGAGCAGGGACACGCUCCGCCGAAAGAAAAGAAGAAGGGUGGAUGCGUGCAAUGGUUGUUGUGUUGUACGACGUGUGGUGCUGCUUGA